GUUUGGGAGCGGUCUCUUUUCAGGAUCCCACCACCUGCAUCAGUUCCAAACUGCUGCAGCCAUUGGUCGGUGAAAAAGGUGACUCACUCAGGAGUACCCAGGGGAGACGAGGAAAACAGUUUCACCCGAGGACACAUCGGAUUCUCUUAUUCUGUCGAAUCUGACAUUCAUCAACUUGGAAACAAUACCCAUCAAGGGAAAUCUAGCAGACAUGGCGGCCCUGACGAGUCACUUCCUACUCUUGACCUGGGCUCUGCUCUUUGUUCAUGUCAGUAGACUCCAGCGAGCAGGCCAGCUUGCUCCGAGAUGACUUUUACAAGGACUCGUGUCCGAACGCCGAUACUGUGAUCAAAGCAGCCGUGGACGCUGAGUUGGACAAAAAUCUGAAGCUAGCCGCCGGCCUCAUCCGCAUGCAAUUUCACGACUGCUUUGUUGAGGGCUGCGACGUCUCGGUGUUGCUGGAUGGAAACGACACAGAGAAAACCGCUCCCAUCAACUCGAACCUCAUCGGCUACGAAGUGGUCGAUGCCGCCAAAGAAGCUGUGGAGGCUGUAUGCCCCGGGGUUGUGUCUUGCUCCGACAUUCUGGCCUACGCAGCUCGCGAUAGUUUUGUCAAGCUGAAUGGUACGGGCUGGGCCGUUCAAGGAGGGAGGAAAGACGGCCUCUUCUCCUGUGCCGAAGUUGCAGAACUGGAGCUCCCACCGCCAACAUUCAACGUUUCUCAGCUCAUAGAGUCCUUUGCCAGGAGGGGCUUAUCCAAGAAGCAGAUGGUCAUUCUCUCAGGAUCCCACACAGUAGGAGUCGGCCACUGCGACAAAUUCGUCGAGCGCCUCUACAACUUCAGCGAAACCCAUUUCACCGAUCCUUCGAUUAAUGCUUCUUACGCGGAGCAGUUGAAGAAAGAGUGCCCGCAGGCUACAUUCAACACCACUCUCGAGAUCUUCAUGGACACAAUCACGCCCGGUGAGUUCGAUGCUAACUACUAGAAGGGGCUCUCGGAGCACAAAGGAUUGUUCACGUCCGACCAGUCUCUGUUCGACUACAGGCGCACCAGAAAGCUGGUCAAAAAGCUAUUGAGCGAGCGUCAGUUCGAGCGUCAGUUCGACCGUCAAUUCGGCGAAGCUAUGCGCGCAAUGGCGCCGUAGGAGUGAGAGCUUCGGCUCUCACUCCUACCUACUCGGCCACAUUCGCCGAAACUGCCGCACAGUGAACCCAUGGUGAGGUUGCGAAUCAGAAGCUGAACCUUCUGAUGGAAGCUAGGAAGGCGUGCAUGUAAACAAUUCUUCGCAGCUUGAACAAGCUGUUUAGAGUGCAAGUUGUCUGUCCGAGUCCGAUUUGGGACUCGAAAGAUUCAGUUUCAAUAAAACUGUACACAGCCCAUGAUGGCCAUUUCUAUCAUUGCAUCAUUUGACGAA